AUGGCCCAGCUGUACUACAAGAAGGUAAAUUACUCACCAUACAGAGACCGCAUCCCCUUGCAAAUCGUGAGGGCUGAGACAGAGCUCUCUGCAGAGGAGAAGGCCUUUCUUAAUGCUGUGGAGAAGGGGGACUAUGCCACUGUGAAGCAGGCCCUUCAGGAGGCUGAGAUCUACUACAAUGUCAACAUCAACUGCAUGGAUCCUCUGGGCCGGAGUGCCCUGCUUAUUGCCAUUGAGAAUGAGAACUUGGAGAUCAUGGAGCUACUGCUGAACCACAGUGUGUAUGUGGGUGAUGCAUUACUCUACGCCAUCCGCAAGGAAGUGGUGGGUGCUGUGGAGCUUCUGCUCAGCUACAGGAAGCCCAGUGGAGAGAAGCAGGUCCCCACUCUGAUGAUGGAUACCCAGUUCUCUGAGUUCACACCAGACAUCACUCCCAUCAUGCUGGCUGCCCAUACCAACAACUAUGAAAUUAUCAAAUUGCUUGUCCAAAAACGGGUCACUAUCCCACGACCCCAUCAGAUCCGCUGCAACUGUGUGGAGUGUGUGUCCAGUUCAGAGGUAGACAGCCUGCGCCAUUCCCGUUCCCGACUGAACAUCUAUAAGGCUCUGGCAAGCCCCUCACUCAUUGCUUUAUCAAGUGAGGACCCCAUCUUAACUGCAUUCCGCCUGGGCUGGGAGCUCAAGGAGCUCAGCAAAGUGGAGAAUGAGUUUAAGGCUGAGUAUGAGGAACUCUCUCAGCAGUGCAAACUCUUUGCCAAAGACCUGCUGGACCAAGCUCGGAGUUCCCGGGAACUGGAGAUCAUCCUCAACCACCGAGAUGACCACAGUGAAGAGCUUGAUCCCCAGAAGUACCAUGACCUGGCCAAGCUGAAGGUAGCAAUCAAAUACCACCAGAAAGAGGUAAGCUGA